AUGCAGACCAGGAGCGAGCUCCAGGAGAACAGUGCUGCCGUCUGGCUGCAGGAAAGCUUUCAAGAGAAGACAUUUGAUCUUCUUAAAGGAUCAGUUGGCGGGCUGGGGAUGAGGAGCGAGACAGCCUCACAGGCGUUCCAGCCUCAGGGAAUAUCCUGGCAGAGACUAAGAGCUGAAAAGCAAGGGAGGCAGAGCCGUCGCCUCACUCCGCCCCCGGGCCGGACGCUCGGGCCCCCCGCCUCCUGCGAGCGGGUGUCCGUGCGCCGGCCUCGCCGCUCCCGCAGAGAGCAGACACCGGCCGCGUCACGCCACGCCGGUACCCGAGCGGGAAACCCACGCUGCGCGUGUCCAGCCGCCGCGCGAAGAGGGCUCGGAGUUGGGGACUGGCAGGCGGACACAGGCUGA